GAUGCGGUUGUCGGUUAGAGAUCGCACACGUAGGUUAGUGCAUCGCACAAUUCAAUGUCACCCAGGGGCCAAUACCUCGAAGUUGCCAAACACAGCUUGGAACGUUAUUCCUCGCGCCUAAUAUACCCUCUCUUCUCCGCGCUCCUUGCGGUAAUUGGUACGGACCUUGGGCUUGCCUCGGUACUCGCGAGGGGUCCACUCGAGAGGCGGAACUAUCGCAAGCAGGAGCUUGAAGGUGAUGCAUAUGACCAUAUGAUUAUCUGAAAUCACUCAACGUAUACGUAGCCGACGAGAUCGGUUUGAAGCUCAUGGCUAGGGCAUGCUAUAAUCCGAGUGCAUCGCUGAAGUAAGUGCUUUCGACCUACAUAUCGUCUCACAUGAUUACACGCUGCGCCGACAGAUUCUUCCAGCGCAUGGAGCAGUUUGACAAACAGAAUCAGGGGCUGAACAUCGGCUUCCUGGAGACCCACCCAACACACAAGAAACGCAUUGACGUACGCAUUCCACUCCGUCUCAGCACGCUAGUAUUGACUAUA